AAGACACGGACACGCCACAGACAACGAAACUGAAUAUCACCUAUAAGGAAGCAAUAAAUAAGUUCGGAGAGGAGCUUUAACUUUGGCGCCAUGGAAAUGUAUCUCGAGACGCUGGAACGACCCAUACAUCUGCGUUCUUUUCUUUCCGACUACCAAGAAAAACUUCCCAAAGCAACUGGCGGGACAGAGGAAGUGCCAUUCUUUUUCUCCGCUGCCUCGCCGGUGUCUGAGGAUGUGGAGAAAAGUUGCUCAUUGGAUUUGAUUUCAUCGCCAGACGAAAACUGUAUAAAUAUCUUUCAGCCCGGCGAUGAUAUCACUCGCUUAAAUAUAGUUAAACCAGGGACAGACCGGGAUGGGCCCAAAGUCUACACAGCCCUCAGCGCGCACAAGGAAAACACUCGCAAGAAUGCCUUUGGGCGUACCCAAUUCAGCUACAGACUGAUCCCACCACCGCCCGGGAAUAAGAGUGUUCCCAUGCCCAGGCCACUCGAUUCACCAUCCGAACUACAGAUUACAGUCCGCUUCUAUCGACCGGCACGGGCCACGCAUAAAGGACUGAAGUUGGAGAGCCCCGUAUUUGCUGAGGAGUUUGUCUGUCUUGGCAGCAACUAUCUCACGGAGCUGCGCGACAAGAUCUUCUGCAUCUGCAAUGGCAGGCGUUUCGUGGACAUUAGCAAUGACCCGGAUGCGCCUUUGCCCCAGCUAGAAACCAAUCCGGGCUACUUCUUCAUCUACGAUACCUUUUAUAACGACAAACGCAAUCCGGAGAAUUGCGAUUACUCGGAGACGGUGAUCCAGUGGGCCGCAAAGGCGCAUGGCUUGCAGGGCGAACAGUUCAAGGUGGAAAUGGAGAGCACACGCCUAAUCGACCUCACUGUAAGACCAGGAGCACCUCUGCACUACCUGCACCAUGGAAACUGCGAGCACCUGUUUGUUUUCUCACAAAUUGAAGUUCUGUCAGCCAACGUCAGCCGCCUGCUGGACCCCAGCUUAUAUCCGCAUGUGCGCGCCCUAAACAUCUUCAAUCGACGCAGCUGUUAUCUGUGCGGCCUUCGUGGCUACGAGUUCAUUGUCGAGCAGUCGCUGCGCCAGCUGCACGAUCCCUCGUACCUGUGCCGCAGAUGCUUCCUCAGUUUUCACUAUGUGAACGGGGAGAAGGUGGGCCAGUUCAAGGCCUAUCGCAUAUACGAUCGUGCCGAGUCUUUGGACGAAGAUGGAAAAGCCAGAGAAGAUGUCGAGGAUGCCAUAGAUUUAGAAUCAUCAUAAGAUGUGAUUUUGUUGUAUUUUUGGCUUGGUUUUUUAUUUGCGAACUCGGUAGACAGCAAUACAUUCAAUGAGUGUUAUUCGAUCGAUAUAUUCUUAUAGUUUUAAAUAAAAUACAUACACAGUGUAACAGGAGUAAUUGUAAUUGGCUAUAAACAGAUUGAAUUCAGUUUUAAGCCAAGCUGCCUAAAUUCUGUUCGGUGCAACCAUAUCUAGAUUAGCAAAAAGAUUUCUUUGUGUCGGCUGCUAGGAAU